UUAGUUUGUUGAAGAAUGGUCUUAAUGGGCUUUAGAGAAAGUCAGGAGAGAGUUUACAAAUGGCUCCUCUGAAUUGGUCAGACAAAGGAACGAGCUUUUCUGUCUUUUCGAGAAGAAACAACUAAUCAAUGGCGGAUGCUAACGGUGAUGAUCUAGCAGAAUCGCUACAGAGUCUGUUCACGAACGUAUCAUCCAUGGUGAAAUCCGAGCUCCAGGGAACGAGCAAUCAGAUGGAUCUGUUGGAGAAGAUGAACGCGAGAGUUGCGUCGGAGUACGAUGAUUUGGGUGACGUGGCGGCUGGGCUCAGAGUUUUCGCGGAGCAGAUGGUGUCGAAAAGCGGGGGCUUUGACGAGUUCGUGGAGCAGAUGGACGCGAUAGAGAAACAGGUGUCGGAGUUUGAAGCUGUCAUCUCCCUUCUCGAUCGCUAUGUCUCUGUCCUCGAAUCCAAAAUUCGAGCAUCGCCGCCCAAAUGAUUCUGUUACAGAUUGAUUCACCAUUGUAACAGUCAUCAUCAUCCUUGUGGUUGGUUGAAAUCUAGAAUCCUAAUGCAAUGCUAAAGUGUUUUUGAGUCAAACUAGUUGUUGUGUUUCUCUGUUGUCUAUUGUCUUUUGUCUCUGUUUCAAUCUCUUUUUUUUUUUGUAACCAUCUCUGUUUCAAUCUCUAUACUAAAUUCUGUUACAAAAGUAUA